AUAGCAGCAUUGCCAACAAGCAAAACCGUAGAAGAAGUUCAAAGGCCGUCACUUAACAUGUACAGUUACGAGUCUACGACAACUGUGUGCUAAUUGUACUAAACAAAAGAUUUAAAAAUGGAUAAAAAGAAGAAACCGUUUGACGUGACUGCCUCCUCGCUUGUGGACCUUAAAGCCGAACUGUACAGAAAGCAGGAGCAAUUCAAACAGGAGCGACUUGGGCAAGAACAUUCCGGCGCUGCAUUUAAACCCAAACCCAAAGUUAAGAAACCAAACGUUUGGACCAAGCAAAAUUCGGGUGUUUCUGCAAGAGCUGACAAGGAUGCAGAGCAGCUGGCCGAGGAGCAGAGAAGCAUUGACAAUGCAAAGAGCAAGCUCGAGGAGAAAGCCAAACUCUAUGAACAGAUGACAAAAGGAGACUUUCCAGACGAAGAAACGGAGGGCUUGUACCUGGUGGAUUUUGCUCAGAAGAUAAUUGACAAAAGAAGAGAGGGACGCGCAGAAAGUGAGGAUGAAGAAACGGGAAGAUUGUCCCCAAUCCCCCCUCCUCAGAACCCAGAUGAGGAAUGGGUGGACUUUGUGGAUGCAUUGGGAAGAUCUCGAAGGUGUAUGAAGAAAGACUUGCCAGAUUUUAAGAAAAUGGACCAAGACCUUCAUGGAAAUGGGAGAGUGACCACUGACAAGACCUUGCUGUCAGAGGACAUGCGGCGAGAGCUCCAGAGGCAGGAGUGGGAGCGAGAAGAGGAGGAAGCUCUGAAGAAGCCGGUUGGACCCAUCCACUAUGAGGACAUCAGGGCUCAAGAGGCUCGGGAGCUCGGUGUGGGCUACUUUGCCUUCUCUCAGGACGAGGAGCAUCGGAGAAAGCAGAGGCAGACGCUGGACAUGCUCCGGGAUCAGACAACAGACCAGCGCAGCAAGCGAGAACGCCUGAAAGAGAAGAAGAAGGCCGUCCUGAAGGCCAGACUGGCCAAAAUAAAGCAGAGGAAGAUGAAGGCAAAGGGCGUCGUGGAAGAGGAGGAACAUGUCGAGGCGGAGAGUGAAGAAGAGGAAGACGCGAUGGCGCCAUCGCCUCCACCAGAGGAUCCGCCAGAGGUCAGCAGACUGAAGAAGGUGGAGGUGGAGAUUCAGGAAAGGAGGGACACCAAACCUGGCGUCCCUCAUGUCCGAGAAUGGGACCGAGGCAAAGAAUCCAUGUUCAGUCAGUGGAAAAGUCGGCGUCAGGAAGAGCGAGAGUCCGAGUUUGCGCCUCCCACUGCAUACUUUACAGAUGAGAAGCGGCCGAGACCUGCAAAGAUACACAUCCCUGAGAAGAAGAUUCCCAAAAUGCCCUUCAAGGGGAUCCAAGUCCCAGAUGGGGCAGCCGAGAGCCAGGAAGACCCGCAGCCUGCCCCUCUUGAAGUUGCUCCUCCUGGUCCUCCACCUCCUCUGCACAACCCCCCUGUCCAGCCACAGCCCCCGCCCCCAUGUCGCCCUCCUGCUCCUUCUCCCCCCGUCAACCUCCAGUGUCCACCUCCUCCUUUUUAUCCCCUUUAUGCUCCUCCCCACUUUAUAAGUGCACCUUACUCAUUUCCUCCCUUUCCACCGCCUUACCACAACCAGUAUCCUCCACCGUGUCCGCCCCCGAUGCCGGGCCAGUUCCAACCUCAGCCACGCCCUCAACCCACAGACCCCAUCCAACCUCAGCCGCCCCCUCAACCCACAGACCCCAUCCAACCUCAGCCGCCGCCCCAACCCCCAAAGCCCGGCCAGGCUCAGCAGCCUCCUCAAGGCUCUUCCCAAAGCCUGGACGACAUGUUGUCCUUCUACAGGAACGCCACCUGAUGGUGUUUUUUUGUGUGUGUGGGGUGGGGUCUUUAAGAAGAAGGAAAGAAGGUAAUGUCUUCAAAUGAAAAUGACAUGCAUGAGCAUCAACAUGAUGAAGAAAGUUAGAUUUCCCACACCAUCAGAGGAGCUGUGGCUCAUCCCACCUCACUCAUUUAGUAUUUCAUAAACGGAAGCAAUCUGAUUUCAUGCAUGAUUCUCACUUGGCCACUUCAUUAGGUACAGAUGCAAAUACAAGGGCUUUGUCCGACUUGCCAUUAGGCAAACGGGGGCAUUUGCCUGAGGCGGGGGUAGGGGACCUGUGGCUCGGCAGCCAGAUGUGGCGCUUUUGAGGACUGCACCUGGCUCUCAGACAUUUCUUAACACAACAUUUAUUUAUUUACAUUUUUUUGAUGACAUUUUAAAGUAAAACAUUACAGAAAUCACAUGUUCAAAAUAUAAAACGUUCGUAUUUAUUUUAAUCCAUCCAUCCACUUUCUACCGCAUUUCGGGUGGCCGGAGCCAAUGGUGAAGUAUUUCCUUUAUGAGGGGGUGGCUUCAAUGUUUGUAAUGUUUUAACAAUCUUAUUAAAAACAAUAAACUCUGAGACUUUUUAAAGCCUAAAAUAUUGUACGGCUCUCAUGGAAAUACAUUUUAAAAUAUGUGGCUUUCAUAGCUCUUUUAGCCAAAAAGGUUCCCGACCCCCCUGGCCUAGGGUCCCGAGAUGUCUCAAAAAAUUAUUGAUAAAUGCAAGGUUAGUCGCACAACAGGUGUGCUUGAGCUUAAUCAUAAGGACUCGGGUAUGAUCAUUAUUUAAAAUUCUGUCUAUCAUACCAUACCUGAGUCAUAACGGCUUUACAUAUGGGGCCGUGGGGGAUAUGUAAACAAACAACCACGACUAGACUACUAAAUAAUUUGCGGUUCCUUGCAAAUAUAAAAAAAUAUGUUUUUUUGUUGUUUACCUGAAUUUCAAAUGACUCCCCCAAUUGGAGACAAUGUUUAUACAACCCCUGGCAAAAAUGAUGGAAUCACCAGUCUCGGAGGAUGUUCAUUCAGUUGUUUAAAUUUGUAGAAAAAAAGCAGAUCACAGACAUGACACAAAACUAAAGUCAUUUCAAAUGGCAACUUUCUGGCUUUAAGAAACACUAAAAGAAAUCAAGAAAAAAAGAUGUGGUAGUCAGUAACAGUUACUUUUUUAGACCAAUCAGAGGGAAAAAAUGACGGAAUCACUCAAUUCUGAGGAAAAAAUUAUGGAAUCACCCUGUAAAUUUCCAUUCCCAAAACUAACAUCUGCAUCAGAUUAGAUCUGCUGGUUAGUCUGCAGUUAAACAGGAGUGAUCACACCUUGGAGAGCUGUUGCACCAAGUAGACUGACAUGAAUCAUGGCUCCAACACAAGAGAUGUCAAUUGAAACAAAGGAGAGGAUUAUCAAACUUCUUAAAGAAGGUAAAUCAUCACGCAAUGUUGCAAAAGAUGUUGGUUGUUCACAGUCAGCUGUGUCUAAGAUCUGGACCAGUACAAACAACAUGGGAAGGUUGUUACAGGCAAGCAUACUGGUAGAUCAAGGAAGACAUCAAAGCGUCAAGACAGAAAACUUAAAGCAAUAUGUCUUGAAAACAGAAAAUGCACAGCAAAACAAAUGAGGAACAAAUGGGAGGAAACUGGAGUCAACGUCUGUGACCGAACUGUAAGAAACCGCCUAAAGGAAAUGGGAUUUACAUACAGGAAAGCUAAACGAAAGCCAUCAUUAACACCUAAACAGAAAAAAACAAGGUUACAAUGGGCUAAGGAAAAGCAAUCGUGGACUGCGGAUGACUGGAUGAAAGUCAUAUUCAGUGAUGAAUCGCGAAUCUGCAUUGGGCAAGGUGAUGAUGCUGGAACUUUUGUUUGGUGCCGUUCCAAUGAGAUUUAUGAAGACGACUGCCUGAAGAAAACAUGCACAUUUCCACUGUCAUUGAUGAUAUGGAGCUGCAUGUCAGGUAAAGGCACUGGGGAGAUGGCUGUCAUUACAUCUUCAAUAAAUGCACAAGUUUACGUUGACAUUUUGGACACUUUCUUAUCCCAUCAAUUGAAAGGGCGUUUGGGGAUGAUGAAAUCAUUUUUCAGGAUGAUAAUGCAUCUUGCCAUAGAGCAAAAACUGUGAAAACAUUCCUUGAAGAAAGACACAUAAGGUCAAUGUCAUGGCCUGCAAAUAGUCCGGAUCUCAAUCCAAUUGAAAAUCUGUGGUGGAAGUUGAAGAAAAUGGUCCAACCUGCAAAGCUGAUCUGGCAAAAGCAAUCAGAGAAGGUUGGAGCCAGAUUGAUGAAGAGUACUGUUUGUCACUCAUUAAGUCCAUGCGUCUGAGACUGCGAGCUGUUAUAAAAGCCAGAGGUGGUGCAACAAAGUACUAGUGGUGUGUUUGAAGUAUUCUUUUGUUGUUGUUUUUUUCAUGAUUCCAUAAUUUUUUCCUCAGAAUUGAGUGAUUCUGUAAUUUUUUCCCUCUGAU